GUUAUUCCAUGUAUUAUCGAUUAAAAUGGCACUGAAAAGGAAAGAAGAGGAUCGAUUCGAUCGCGUGGGGGCCGAGCUGAAAAGAAUGAAUGGACUAUUACAAAAAAUAUUAAAAUGCGUACAGGAUCGCCAUUCCACACCUCAGAAGCCAGCCGAACUUCCCAUCUCGUCGUUGCAACAAAUGGACGCAUUUGAAAAUAUCGAUGAUAAUGGAUAUUCCAAUGUUGUAAAUUAUUUCCAAUACAUCGGCAGCUUUCACUUAAAGGAAGCCGUAAAUCUAUGUUUGAAAGAAGCGUUAACUGAUGCAUUUACGCGAUCGUUUACUUGGUGGGGUCGAGAAGAAGGACAUCGACCUUUAUAUAACGCUCGUCUAACCUUGGCAAUACAUGAAGCUGUAUGCAGAAAUCGACAUUUUCAAAAGCCAACGCGAUCCGAAUUCCAAGUGCAGAUGCGGGAAGCUUUGCGCGUUGCAAAGGAAAGACAUCGCAGCAGGAUGCGUGGUCCACGCACACGAACAGGCGAGGCGGCAAGGAUUAACCGGGAUUUGUGGAGCGACGAAAGGAUAGAAGGAGAAGACGAAGAAACGAAUAUAUCCGGAACUAUUAACGAUUAAUAAGUAU